AGCUGGCUGGAUGGUAUGGAGGAACUGCAGGCCUCACAGGGACCCCUGGCUGCUGACGCCUCUUUGGCUGCAUCCCAGCUGCGGGAACAGGAGCUGCUCCUGCGUCUACUGAGGGAGCGCGCACCACACGUGGAGCCAAGAUUACAAGAGGCUGGGAGCCCGGCAGAGCUGCGCACACAGUGGCACCGCCUGGUACAGCAGGCAGAAACCAGGUGGAGACUCCUGGAGCAGCUGGUCCCUGCGGCCCAGAGUUUUGAAGCGGCCUGCAAGGCUCUGCUGGUACAGCUGAACCCAAGUGAACAGCUCCUGGCUGAGCUACUGCUGGGGCCCAAGUGCCCUGAAGAAUCUUUACCGUAUUCCCAGGAGAUGUACAAAGGGGUUGGGGUAUGUGCCAAGGACCUGGAAAGGGUUUUAGAAACGGGAAGGAGGCUGACAGAGCUCCUCACAAGUAAGUGGUCCCCACCCAGUCACCAGCAUGUGCUCAGGGAGCCCACAGAAACGUCUACCCUUAACCCAGUCCCCGAGUCCAAGGCCUCGAUGUCGUCACUGAUGGUUCCCAAGGACCCUUCUAAUGCCCUCAUCCCUGCUGCUGGUCCCUCGGUUCCCCUUCAGUGUCGGUGUUUCCUCCCUGGCCUCUUGCCUCUGGCUGCAGGCGACCAAGCUCAGCUGGUGCGACAGCAGCUGGAUCACUUUCAGGAGCGUGUGAGGCUGACUGAGUCACAAGUCGCCUGUGCCCAACAGAAGCUGCUGUAUGCUCAGAGGACAGCGUCCUCCAGGGCCUCACCACCAGCAGGCUCAGAGGCCCAGCUUGGACAGGAAGGGUCUGCCUCAGCACACCCAGGGCUCAAGGAUCAGAAGCAGCUGAGCGUCCAGCUGGCCCAGCUAGCAGAGCGGCUUGAACAGCUGGCACAGUGGGCAGAGACUUCUAGUCACGCAGCGGCACCCACAGUGACCAUCUGGGAUCAGAGCCCCUCGUCAGCUGUGCUUCAGGCAGACACGAAGCCCCUGGAGGGGCACUGGUUAGAGAUUCGAGAGCAAGACACUGGGCUGAAGACCAUAUGGGAGCCAGCUGUGCAGAUCUUGUAUAGCCUCAAGGAGCGGGCAGCCAUGAAGGAGCUGAGGCUGGAGGAUGACUGGAACCUAACCUCGCAGGAGUUCCUAUGGGGACAGCAAACUCUGGUGGUGUCAUGGCUAAGGAGGAGAGGAGACACUGCCUAUGGGAGCACCUGCCACUUGGGCCUGCUGCUGGAGCUGCUGGGCUACCAGGCUGCCGAGUCUAGCCCUUCCUGUGAGAGGAUGCACACCCUGGAAGGAAUGUUGCUGCUUGUGGGCCACCUUGUAGAGAGACUGGUCUCGUACUCCUGUAGGCUGAGCCAGGCUGAACCCUCGGGGACCAAGGCGCUACAAGCCCAGAACUGGCCUCUGGAGGAGUUGCCUGGGGCCCUGAGCCUAAAGUGCUGGACUCAAGUCCCAAGGGAGAUUUCAGAACAGAGCUGGAGGCCUUGGUGGGCAGACGUCAUCGCGGAGAGUUGGAAUCGGAGGAAGCCAGAGCAUAGCAAGAGGAGCAAAGAGAAAAGGGACCAGUGGGUACAGGUGGAACAGGGCCACCAGGGACAGGACCUUGUGGACAGCUUCCUGGCAACUAGGCAGCAGGACAGGGAUGAACAAGGCUGGCCGGGCUAUACCUGGGGGAAAUGUGGGCCUGACCACAAGCGCCCCACCGUGUUGGAGCGAGGGCUCCCCAGUAGCCAGAAACAGCCACACAGCACGGUCAGAACAAGGAACACGGAAGGGACAAGUGCGUCAGUGGCCAGAGGCAGGCUCAAGGUCCAAGGAGCCUUGGUGGCAAGAGGAGCCCUGAUGGUCCGUGUUGGAGGUGGCUGGGCAGCUCUGGAUGAAUUUCUGGUCAAAAAUGACCCUGUCAGAGCAAAGGGGAGGACCAGCCAGAAGAUCCACGAGAGGUUCCUAUGCUGGACUCCUAGCAUGCCAGCCCCUGACGUGCUCACCCUGAGGCUCUGGACCUCUAUCCGAAUGGGUUCCAGCAGACCCCCGCCUCAGAAGUCCUUUCAGACAGGGCUGCCAACUGGCAAAGAACACCGAGAUCCCGGUUCCUACAGGGUCAAAACCUCGGAGCAGCCCACUGAUGAGAAACCCUGAAGACUUCACGAUCCAGCAGAGAGGGACAAGAAACAGUGGCAGAACUCGCUCAGGGACCGAGCGGGAGCUGGAGCCACACAGUCCCAGCACACAGGGCGGGGUUGUGGCUCUAGCUCUCCGCAAUAAAAAGGAGUUUGGGGAACUGGA